CACAACAUGGCUGUAAGGAGACCCACAACAUGGCUGUAAGGAGACCCACAACAUGGCUGUAAGGAGACCCACAACAUGGCUGUAAGGAGACCCACAACAUGGCUGUAAGGAGACCCACAACAUGGCUGUAAGGAGACCCACAACAUGGAUGUAAGGUGACCCACAACAUGGCAAGCACACAGCAGUUUGCUUUUGAGUAUGUCCAAAAUGGCAGAGCCCCUCUUGAGGGUCACCUCCAGAAACCCUCCUUGGUCGUUGAUGAGUUGCGAAAACAUAACAUCCUCAGCGAAAAACAAGUUAGAGAAAUUAAAUCCCAUAAAAAGAGGUCUGUCAAAACCAGAAAGAUGCUGGACAUGGUCAUGAAGAAAGGGGAAUAUGCCAGUUAUGAACUGUUAAAAAUAUUGUACAACACAAGGAACCAAACCUUCCCAAGAACAAACCCUACCCAGAAUCAACCUCGCCACCCAGAUUUACAUCAAUGGAUCAGCUGCUUUUCGUUUACGGAUGACCCAGAUUUACAGAAUGACCUCGUCUCUGAAUUAGGACCUUGUGAGAGGUACAAAAGACAGCUGCGAUCGAAAGCCGUUGAGUUUCUUCAUGCAAAAUGGGACCAGCACAUGCAUUUCCUCAAAGACAAGGCAAAAUGGAAACCCUUUUCAUACAUUCCUGUCGUUUUGGACACAGACUCGAGUGAGCUGUCCAAAACUAAAAGCAAGUACAAAAAAGCACGCUCUAAGAAACUUAAGACUUACAUUCCAAGAGACAAGGGAAAACUGUCCCCUGGUCACUUACUAGAAAGCAAUGAGAAAAAGAUUCUACUUGUUGGUAAACCUGGCAUUGGAAAGACAACUGUUGUCCAGCAAGUUUUGAGUCUCUGGGCAGAGAAUGAGAAUCAUCAAGAGAGCUAUAUGUUCUACUUUGAUGAGCCUUCAAUGAGAUCAAUGUCUCACUCUUCACAGCCCUCAUCCUUGAGGUCUCUGCUGUUUGAAAGAUACCUUAAGCCAGAGGAAGGCACAGAGGAUGUGGUGCUGUGUGAUAUUCAAAAUAAUUCAGAAAAUGUUAUCUUCGUGUUUGAUGGGAUCAUGGAUGUGAUUGGCAACCCAGUGCUAAAUAACAUUUUGGCAAAAGAACUUCUGUGUGACGCCAAGAUUCUGACCACGUGCAGACCAGAGGCAGAAGACUGCGAGUUUUUAUCUGACUGGCCAUCUUACAGAGUGGAGGUCCAAGGAUUCAACAACGAGUCCAUCCAAGCUUACUUAAAGUGGAUGUUAGGCACUGAGGAUGACUAUGUUUGUAGUGUUGCGAGCAACGACGCACUAUUCAGUCUAUGCCAUGUCCCAAUGUACGCUUUCAUAGUGACUGCUUGCAUUUCAUUUAGUCCCUCUGAGGCUAAUAACCACCCAUGCACCAUAACAGAAAUGUAUGUGCGGAUCUUUCGUCAUUGCAUGAAAAGACACGGUGACCAAAAUGUUGAGUAUCUGGAUAAGUACAUUCAUGACAACAUGGGGAACAUCAAGUUUAUUGCUACAAACUCUUUCCAAGCACUGCUUGCGAAAACUGUAAACUUGACAGGAAUGGAUUGCAAGGACAACAGGGUUCAACGUGCGUUCUUGACAUCCAGUGCUGCAAAGGAAUUGUCAACAGGCCAUUCAUUUGCUUUUCUCCACAACACGAUGCAGGAGUUUUGGGCUGCUCUUUUCCUGUUGAUGACACCAGGAAACAUCACCGCCGUCCUUCAACAGUGCCAGACAGAAGAAGGAAAGUACUUGAAGUACAUUGUGUCCUUCCUCUGUGGACUCUUGUCCAGUGACAUUGCUGAAUUGAUUAACUGUGUAGUGCCAGAGGACCAGAUAAGGGAAAUAUCUGACAUAUACCUUGAGAAAGUCAUAGACACCUUCCUCAGCCCUGCAACACUACAGGGACAUGAUGAGUCCCAUACCGAGUUGGAUGCUGAUCUCCUCUUCGUUUGCCAGUGCUUGUAUGAGCGCCAGUCACCCGAAGCCUGCUCACUCCUCCUACAAAAAGUGGAGUAUGAGCUUGAUCUCAAUGGACAAUAUCUUGAUCCUCAACAGUGUUGUGCUGUGUCAUAUGUGAUCAACCAGUCCAAAAACAGGAAUGUCUGUCUGUACCUGAAUGACUGCACUUUCUCUGAUCCAGGAUUGAGGUUGAUUCUGGGCUCUUUGAAAAAUCUUCAAUGUCUCAGAUUGGAUCCCACUACACAAUGUCAGUUGUGGAAAGCUGCUCUUCACUCAGGGAACCCGAGUGACUCUGAAGGCUUGCUAAGACUGUGUGAAUAUGAAAUUCACUUAAGAGUCAAGGAGCAACGGGACCAAAAGGUGUGGGAGAGAGUGGGAGAGGUCCUGAAGCGCAAGAGACCAGAGAAGGUCAAACUCUGUCUACAUUUGGUCGACAACUCACUGCAUGCAGCUGAUUCCUUGGGAAAGAGCAUAUUUGACUGUUUGCCAAGCAUCGAGGCUAUCAGGUUUGUUGAACCUGUUGAUCUGAGACAGUCAUUUGUGGCAUGGAAAAUGGAGGUGAGUUCAUUCCAGCAGGAUAUCUUGCUGCACGGGGCUCUGUACCAGAUGGAGACAGGACUGAAAUCUGUGGAGGACCUGCAAGCAGUGCUUUGUCUGGCUAGCACAUAUUCUUUAGAGGAACAGAGCAAAUUCAUUUUGAGUUUGUACCAACAUAUAGGGAAAUAUGAGAGUGACGAAGGUGUAGCAGUUCUACCAACAUUGCAGCCAGUUUUCAAGUCAUUUCCUGCAGUCUGGUACAUACACUUUGCUGAUACGAAGGCCUCUGUCCUCCUUGAGGUGAUGAAACUGCAAAAUGUGAAGAAACCAGUGGAGCUGUGGUGGUCAAAUUAUGAGUGUGACAUGAACCUCAUUCAUUGUUUGCCUUAUAUUUCACAGCUAAGGUUCAAUGACUGCAUUCUGAUCCAGUAUGAUGACACUAAAGGAACCAUUGAAGGCCUUUUGAAACUCUUCUGUUUUGCAAAGCAGCAUCAGCCUGAGACAGGAGAGGAGACACUGAGGAUGCUGUCGACAGUAUGCAGCUACUCAAACUUCCCCUUUGCCAGUGGUAACAAAGAUGAACAGAGUGAUUUUCUGCUAGAUUUGUACUCCUCUGCAAAGUUGUUUGAACUUGAAUUGGAGGGCCAAAUUCUCCCAUCAUUGUUGACUGUCUUUCAGUCAGCUCAGCCUGCAGCCUGGGUCCUCGACCUCAGUACAGACAAGGCCUCCAUCCUACUUGAGGUGCUGAAACUCCAAACGGAGAAGAAACCAGUUCGACUGAAGGGCUGGCUUGAGACUGAUAAAAGUAAAAUAAGGAGUUUUCUUCUGUGUCUACCGUAUAUUUCACAACUGAGGAUUAUUCCUCAAGAUGAGAGUGAUACAGAGGUGAAGAUGCCUACACUGACUUCUGAGCAACUAAAGAGAUUCUUCCUUUUGCACCUGCUUGAUCAUGGAGAUCUGGACAACACUGAGACAGGACAGAGCUCUGUUGAGGAACUGUUGUCAGUUCUUGGGUUUGCUCAUUCAGACAACUCUCCAGAAAGGUGCUUGUUUCUGUUAGAUCUGUUCUCACAUUGGAAAGACUACGAGACUCAAACAGGCAGAAAAGUUUGUCAAGCAUUACUGCCUGUUUAUCGGUCAGCUCCUGCAGUCUGGUCCAUAGACCUCUCGGAGAGAAAGGGCUCUCUAAGCUGUGAUGACCAGUUCCAGCUGUCUCUAUGGGGUGCACUCCCUUUCGGCUCAGAAUGGGAUGCACAGCUAGCCUCCUCACUCCUCCAGGCCCUAGACUACACCAUCACAUUGUCAGGGUGGUUGCCCACUGUAACCUGCAAUGCAGUAGGUGCAGUCCUAGGCCAAUCUGCCCCUGGAGAAAAACUCAACGUCAGUCUCACCCCAGAUAGUAUCUCUUUCCAAGGAGCUGCAGUACUCUUCAAACAAGUGAAAGAGUUUCACAAACUUAAGGUUAACGAAAUGUCAACAGCGAAGCUGGCCAGAUUGGCAAAGUCAACGUCAUGCCGAAGCCCAAUGGUCGUUGAGGAGCUGACUCUUGUCUUGUCUAGGCCAAUUCCAAAAGAAGGGGUGCAGUGUAGAGUGCUCAGUGGUUUAGCUUCACUCCUUAGAGUUUGGACUGUAAGGAUCUUAAAUCUGAGAGACUGUCCAAUCCAGGGUUUCCUUCUCACUACCUUGUUGUGUCAUCAGGGUCCACUCACUAUCAGACUGAGUAAGGAGACUCUGCAGCAGCUGGCUGUUGUGGUGUAUGAGGCUCAGGAUGAAGAACUGACCCAAUGCUUUCUGGAAAAGUUAGGUAGUGAUCUGUCUAACUGUACACUGGACUGGGAUGUGCUUCACUACCUGCUGAAGAGCACCACACAACCCAUCACCAUCAACCUCAGGAGGAGCAGAAUCAGAGACCAAUACAUACCUCAUCUUCUCCCUUUGCUGAAGAAUGUUCACUUUCAAAGGACUGGGACAAGCUCCCAGUUUGAGAGGACAGCUCUGAGAGAAAUACAUGAGCAACGUGCUGGUCACUUGGUGAACAGUUUAGUGAGGUCAUCAGAUGAAUGGAUCAACCUGAACAACCUGGUCUUGAACCAUGAUGACUGUGAAGCGCUUCGUUUUGCCCUGCACUACAGUGACGGGGUCAAACUCAACCUGUUGUUGACCAUCAUUCCAAAGGAGGAAAUGGAGAGCAUUCUGACUCUUCUACACAGAGUCUCUGAGCUCAGGGUCGACAGGAACCUAUUGCUGGAGCUCCUCCAUACCUGUGCAGGAUUGAGAACAAAGAGAGGGGCAGCACCUGCACUCCUGACAGUGCUGCAUCACAAACUGGACCUCUCCUGCUCCUCUGCGAUGGACCUGUUUGGGCAGGAGAAAGAGACUGUUUUGAGCCUCAGUUUUGGAGACUGUAGGGUCAUCUCCGCAGCCAUCCAGGAAGCUGAUGGUGACACAGAGCUAAUCCUACACGACUGCCAUGUUGACGAUGCAGGACUAGAGGAGCUGCUUCAUGUUUUUCACAGGAUUCAUAUGAGCUUUGGAAAACCUCUUCUGCUGCAACUCCUGCACUUGAGAUUUGUGGAAGAUGGAGACAGGUCAGUGAGGCUUGCUUCAUUACUCUCCAGAACCCUGGAAAAGAAGAUGGACCUCAGUCAGAGCCCUUUAGACGCAAGGGCCUGUUCAACACUUGCCUUGCUUCUAGAACACUCUGAAGGGCUUUCCGAGCUGGACCUUAGUGACUGCCACCUCACUGACACACACCUGGAUGUGCUGCUCCCACAUCUGCACAAAGUUCAAGUCCUGAAUCUUUGCAAUAAUGAAAUCACUGACAAAGGUGCUGUGAAACUUAACCUAUACAUGAUCGGCAAUAGCUUUACAGAAACCGUAUGGCUCUCCAACAACAUGAUCACUGAGUUUGACAUCUUAAUGGAAGACAACCGCUACAAACUGUGCCCUGCUCACGUGGAGCCUGGGUGGCACGAUCAGCGCAUUUCUUCCCUGGGAUCUACCUCUGGGACAAAUGAGACCUCUAAAACAAAAACCCUCAUUGAAGAAUUUGACCCUGACAAAACAAUUACAGACAAGAAGAUUACCUACAGGGUCCAGUGUGGGUCUCGUGGCAGGUUCCAGUGUAGAGCUACAGGGCUGGUUUUUGGGAUGAGGGGGCCAGGAAUCGUGGAGUACAGUGUGGUCCACUGGGACAGGGGUAUCCUUGCUAACACCAGCUAUGAGCCUGCAGGCCCCUUGUUUCAACUAAGGAGUCCAGAGGGACAUAUGUACCAACUACAUCUACCUCACUGCGAGGUUAAUGUGUCCGCAGCUGAGAACCUUCUUGUGGCCCAUAUAUGCAGAAAUAACAGGGAGUUCUUAAUACCCAAGGUGACACACUCACACGUGAUUGUAAGCAUUAGUGGGCUCUCACAUUAUGGAAAAGCCCGUAAAAAACAAUCCAACAGCAACCGUAUCCAAGGACAGGUGCUACUGUUCCUUGAGCCUGAAGCAACUCCAGAAGAGAAAAGGCUCUGGGUGUUCCUGCUGCCCCGAGACAUGCCGCCAGACGAGGUGGAAAAUCAGCACAAAGAGUUCACAUUUAUUAAGACCAGCUCAUCCUGUAUGCUGACACUCACAGCAAAAUAUAGUGUGACUUCUGACCUCAAACAGGGCUUUUCUGUCCAACCCAAAAAAUACACUUUGCACAUUGCACAUUGCCCAUACCAACACGCCACCUUUGAGGUCUUCUUGAACUGUGGUGUCACAGAACUCAAGAUGAACAUUUGGGAGACAACAAAGCUAAAGACGCGGAAACGCUGGACUCGCAGAGUGAUUCUCAACACACCACGGGCAGAUAAUGCUGCUCAGGUGAAAAGAUUCACUGAGCAGCAGUGGAUAAAGAAUCUGUGUGAAAUACUGGGUGAUCUGUCAAAGGAUGAAAGGAAGAGGCUUAAGUCAAUGAUGAGGAAUAAGGAGCAAAAGCCAAUCACCAAGAGUGCUCUGGAGGGACGAAAAAGUCCGGAGGAGCUUGCAGAGCUGAUGGUGGAGACCUGGGGGAUGCAUGGCUCCAUCAAGGCCACCCGUGAGUUCAUGGAGAGACUGCCACGCAGGGAUGAUCGAGUGACAUCCUUGCUGCAGCCAUUCUUGUAGCAAUUUGGCUACGGGUGGGGUGGGAGAUGAUGGAAGUGUGGUGGCUACCCGCAAAAAACUAUGGGAGUAUGCUUUUACAAGGUUAAAAAAAAAUCUGGGAAAAAAAAAUCCAUUGAAAUUGAUAUAAUGAAUAGAAAGUUGAGAGAAUAUAACUACACUGUACUUGUCUUUAAUGUUGUCUUUAAUUUUUGUAAACUUGAAGAAAAAAAACGUUUAGUUGAACAAAAGUUAAUGAUAUUUUGUAUAUUUAUAUAUAUUGUAACUUUUUUCAAUCACUGAAAUAUAUGUACAAUAUGACCAAUGCCAACUUUGUAGUUCAACAAUAUUUUAUGUAUAUAUACGUUUAACUUUUUUUUUUUACCACUUAAAUAAUAUGUACAGUAUGACCAAUGACAACGUUUUAGUUUAACAAUAUUUUGUAAUGAGAUUUUAGAUAUAUUUAUAAACUUUUUUUCAACCACCAAAAUAAUGUAAUAUGACCAAUUACUUGUUCUACCUGUUUGAAUCGUAGCGUUGUCUCAUCCGCACAUUCUGAUAAAACCAUUUAUCUAAUCAGUGGCCAAUCAUUUCUCUACCCUUUCACUGUCAUAAC